GAUUACCUUCCAGAGAUCCCUUCCAGUUAGUAGUUAGUAUUUUAGUAACUUAGUACUGGAUCUGGAAUACUGGUAUUUUAUAGAAUACGUUACACUGCAGUUUUUUGUCCAGUGUCCGUUGCGAGUUCAAUAUGAAUUUCGUGCUUUACAACGUUACUUUAUAAAUAUAUAUUGUUGCCGGUCUCUUUCUGGCUGCUGAGAAAUUGACCAUUUGAUGUCGUAUAACAUUUGAAAAUUGUAACAAUGGCUUUGCCAGCUAAGGGAGAAACGAUGGAUGUCCAGAUGGAGAAAUUGUUCAAAGAGCUCAAGGUGGCCAGGAGCGAAAUUAAUAAUUUAAGAAACCAAAUUAAUUCAUUGAAGCAUUCCCAGGAAAGGGAAAUGGAAGUGCUUUAUGACAAGUUACGAUCAUGGACAUGCCACACUUGUUCACUUAGUAAACAACCACCGUUAAUCGAAGCGGACAGUGGGAUUAAUUUAAAGCCUAUAGGCAUAUUGUCAACAAUGUUCCCUAAGAAGAAAGGUGUUCCGAGGCAACCUGGAGUUUGUACGAGCAGUCGUGCCAGUCUCACACUUUCAAAAGAGAUAUUUACUAAUCCAGAACAUUCACUUGAGGGUCUUAAUGGCUUUUCACAUAUGUGUAUUUUGUUCUACUAUGACAGAAAUGAAACAAAGCAUGUACGUAAAGUAGCACCCCCAAGACUGAAUGGUGAAAAAACGGGUUUUGCAACCAGAUCACCACACAGACCUUGCCCAAUUGGUUUGUCGUUAGCUCAGAUUGACUUCAUUGAAGAUUCCACUAUAUUUCUUUCCGGAGUGGAUAUGCUUGAUGGCACUCCUGUUUUUGAUAUUAAACCUUACAUUCCUCAAUAUGAUGAUCCUUUGCAGCAGGGUUUGGAAGUAUUAGAGGAUACACUUGAAGUCAAAGAGCAACCGAUUGCACCUGGAUCACCGGGUGUGUGUCCAGGUCACAGAGAGGCUCCAGAUGGAGAGGAAUCCGAUGAAGGCAGACAAAUGAAUCCUAUGCUUGUUCACACAUUAGCACAAGCUGUUCGUGUACCACCUUGGGUCAAACGUAGCUCAUGAAUAGAGGUUUCUUUGACAUCGGAAGCAGAACAACAACUGAUGAGCAUUGGUAAGAUGGAUUUAUGGCCAGUAAUUCAAAGUGUUUUGAGAGAGGACCCUUGAUCAGUUUACUUAAAACAGAGAUAUACCAAUCAUUUUUAUACAUUUGUAAUUUCGGAUUUGCAUGUUAGCUGUAAGUUUAAUGAUACCAUACAUUCUGUGAAUGUUUAUAGAAGUAGUCAAGGUAUAAAAUUGUGUAAAUGUGGACAACCGACAAAGAUUACAGUUUUACAUUUUAUAGCC